UUCGUCUCGAUCCCGGGUCCGCCGUCGAGUGCGGUUCAGAGAAUUAUUCGGCCCGCGGAUCCGUGUUAUUUCCAAACGACUUUCUCUCUCCGUUCCUGCCGGUGAGCAGAGUCUCCGAGAGAAAUGAAUAACCCGUCGGCGAGAGAGCUGAAACCAGUAGAAAUGGCGGAGCGGUGAGCAAGUCCAGCCGCGGAGGUGCCGUUAGGAGGUUAGGAUCCGAGCCAAGCGCGCAGGGGAGGGGCUAAGCUGCCACGGAAGCGAGCCCGGCCGUCACUGAGCAGUCAGUCGCGAGCAGUUCCUUGAGCUUCCUCGUGGCCGUAUUUGAACGUUGACUUUUCGGAGACUGCGCGGGUGGUUUUCUGAAGCUGUAUCUGUGCAGUGUGAAGCAGUGAGGCAGGGUGUCGUCCGAGUGCAGCGACCACGAGUGUCGCGGUUCUCGGCAUGUCGACGACGCCGGAUAUGAGCCUCAUGGAACUCCUCUUUGACCGAGAGGAUGCUCUCCUCAAGGAUGAGGUCAAAGACGAAGCCUUCAUGGCCCACAGCUGCAGAGACGAUGCGAUCGCUACGGAGGAGUGGCCGACGAAUCCGGACGACUUCCUCGACUCGAUCUUCAAGCUGGACAACCAGUUCAACCUGAUCGAGCAGGACCUGGAGGCGACGCCUUCCUCGUCCUCGGACAGCGGACUCUCCAGCGCCCUCAGCCUCUCCUGCGAGCAACAAUUGAGCCCAUUGUUGCCCAUCGAGGAGGACCAGAUGGAGCUAAGCAAUUCGGAGCUGAGUAGUCCUCAGGAUUUCGUGGACUUUGAUUCCUUGAGCAGUCCUCACCAGUCCCUGGCCAGCGUGGAUAGUCCGGUCAGGUCGGUCAUGAGUUCGAACCUUGGAUCGCCGGCCACGGAUCUUACAGAAGAGGUCGACUUGGAACACGCGGUGGUCACCGUGGUAGACCCCAAUGUUAUCGAGGAGACCAUGGAGACCAUGGAGACGAUGGAGACGAUGGAGACGAUGGAGACCAUGGAGACCACUACUCUGGAGCAACCCGUUGUUCAGCCUGAUCCCAUUCCCAAACAACAAACCCGGAUAACGCCUCAGGAGGCUUCCUUGAACCUGGUGAACCUCGCGUGCAACGGCAAGCGCAACAUCCGACAAUUGAUCAGAGUGACGCCAGUGGGCUCCGGAAAUCCGAGGUCGAUCCUACUUCCCGUCAGUCUGAAAGAUAUGAAGGAAGUCCGCACGAUAAAGAUCAUCAAUGCCACCCAGGCGAGGAGCCUCAAAGGGUUCAAGAUCAAUCAAGGGAAAGUCAUCAGCAAGCCCGUUUCGAUCAGUAUCAAGCAGGAGGAAUCGGGCAGCGAGAGGGGCGGCAACUCCAGCGACGAGGUCUCGGAGACCGACUCGGCUUAUCCGAAGCUGAAGCUGAACGCCGAGGAGAAGCGGCUUCUGCAGAAGGAGGGCAUCACCUUACCCACCCACUACCCCCUCACCAAACACGAGGAACGAGAGCUCAAGAGGAUCAGGCGCAAGAUCCGCAACAAGAUCUCCGCCCAGGACUCGCGCAAGAGGAAAAAGGAGUACGUUGACGGGCUCGAGGACCGGGUUAAACAGUGCACGGAGGAGAACAUGACCCUGCUGAAGCGAAUCAAGGCUCUGCAGUCCCAGAACCAGAGCCUCGCCAGCCAGCUCAAGAGGCUGCAGGCUCUCAUACAGAAGGGUAACAAGAGCGCGCAACCCGCGACCUGUCUGAUGGUGUUGCUGCUCUCCCUGGCGCUGGUCGCCGUGCCCAAUCUGCGGCCACCUUCAAACUCGGCCAGCAACGAGCUCUCCCAGGAACAGGAGCAACCCGAGAAGAUGCCGCCACUGGCCGGGCGCUCGCGGAGUCUGCUGUUCACGAAGCAGCUAAUGGACGAGGAGCUGCACCAAUACGGAGAGGAACUGCUGCAAGAGGUGGAGGGCCUCCUGGACCACGAUUACAGCCCCGUGGUACAGCUUCCGCUGUACAAGCGGCCGCGAUUGGACGCAGACGCGGCCCCGAAGUACAGGUCGCUCCUGGAACACGUCGGGGGGACCCUUGGGUCAAAACCAGACUUCGCCGAGGCGAAGUCUCCUCGGAAACACGUGGAGCCACCUUUGGACGACGUCUGGCCGCCCCCGAAGCCUGGUGGGCAACCGGAACCAAGGGUCGUCGACAAGCUCGAGGCCUUGACCAACGAGCUGAAGAUCAACAUCUCGGACAUGGAAGGCACCAAGACCAUCCUUCUCAAAGUACCCAGGGAACAGUAGAGCGCGACGGUAGAACGGAAAUGGGUGAGCUCUCGAUUCCUCGACACGAGUUACUCGUGCGCUUUUCAACUAUCCCAGAUACCGAAUGUACUGCGGAUUGUACGAAUAGAGGGUCGCCGAUGGUAGGUGGCACAAGAGGGUAGGCACCAUCGGCGGUCGGGACCGUAGGACCAUUUUAGACACUGGGAAGGAGAUUCGAUCGACGUCUCAGAUUGUCCAAUUGGACAUGGCGAAUCAUGGUCUUCGUAGGGUUUAUCGCGACUGCUGACUAGUUUUACGGCUAGGAAUACUUGAUAUGUAAGCAGUAUUUAUUUCGCCCUGUCGGCCAGGACGGUCCUUUACGUGGGUCGAAUCGCUCUCACAGGAUGGAUUUAUAUACUAUCUAAGACUGGUUUCAUAAGAUCUAUGUCGAAUAUAAAAGUUUCACGUUGGCGUGGCUGAAAUUGUAGAGGGCUGGGAAUAAAUCUCGUUCCUGUUUUUCUCAUUUUUUUUUCUUGAUAGCGGUGAAACUAAAAUAAUGAUUCUUCUUCGGGAGUUGUCGAUGGAAGAGUCUUGACAAAGGCGUUAUUUAACGUCCCGUGAUGUGAUUAUUGUUUUCCGACUUUCUCAGCCGAGAGCUGCGUAAUAACUGAAACGACAAUGGCGAGGAGAUCGAUUCGCGGCUCUCUUGAGAGAUCAUCCAUGUUAAAUCCGUCAUUUAAGAAGGAAAUUGCAGGCAUCGAGCAUUACAAGAUACAAUGGAAGUCAUUUUCUACCGGGUAUUUUCAAGGAGUAUCGGUACUGGAUUGGGUCUGUAAAAAUAUUCAAGAUUUGUAGCACGUGUUGCAUGGAUUCAUCGAGUAACCGCUUAAUCAUUUAUUAUCUGAACGGCAUUUCGGGUGAUAAAAGCAAGACGAUUGGUUACGUCGUCUCUUGAGGUUCCCUAUUAAUGAGUAUGAGCUCUUAAAGCAUGUCUAUUCACCAAGUCUCAUUAUUCUUCCUUUCAUGAUACGUUCACGUUGCCUCAGGUCAAGGCAAGCUAUGACAUCGUAAAAUGCAAAUCAAAGAAAUCAUGUUACUCUAACCACCUUCUGUACAUAUGGGUUGUGCGUUUCAAAUGGCUUUUUUUAAAUGUUUUUAUGCGCUAGUUUAUAGUAUAUAUAGUACAGUGUUAUCUAUUGAUAUCGAGGAUUUUUAACGGAUAUACAAACGGAUCAUUGCUGUUGUCGUGGGAGAGAGAAUUUUGUGAAUACUUUAUCAUACGAAUGGAUCGCCGCGGAACUAAUGUUAGUACUUAUAAGAGAACAUUUAUUUAGUCGCGAUAUAGAUUGAUUUUCGAAUUAAGUCUUGUAGUCCUACCAGCAAUUGUCGAGGUCGGAACGGCUUGAAAUACUGCCGGGUGAAUCUAACGUUUGCUCGGCCAUUAUCGAAGAAGGAUCUUAGUUAAAGAUGAAUUUAUCAAGAUCGUUUAUUUUCUUGUAGAUACAGAGAGUAUUUAUGCGCGGAUGUGCGAGCAUUUUAAGCGAGAUGUAAUAUGUAAUUAAUAUACAUAUAUGUACGAUAUACCAAAAUAUGUCACGUUAUAUUUUAUCGAAUGAUCGAGCGACAACGUGCGUCCGGGUCCUGUGAAAGUGUGAAAAAAAAAAAAGGAAAGAUUCGUACGUCCCUACGAUGGGACCGUUUGAUGGACUCGGGCGAUGCUAAUUACUCUCUCUCAAUUAAUUCAUGAUUAUUCGUCGGCGAAUGGAUUUUUAUCGUGGCUUUCCUGCGGAGUAGCUGGAUGUGCGAAUAGUCCUGCUUACUCGAAAUAACCACGGAUUAUUAUUAUUUUUUUUUUUACAACUGUGGAAUUUCCGUCGAGCGAUUGAUCCACGUUCAAUUAACGUGAUUUAUUUUUUUUUUCACCGGUCAUGGAAUGCCGAUGUACGCGAAUACAGUCGAACACUCCUCGUGGACUCCUGUGGUGCUCCAAGUUUUGCACCGGUUUUAACGAUGCUUAAUUUCAUAUGAUUCUCGGCGUGCCCCUCGGGUGUUAAGAUAAGCUUACUUUGCCACUGUAGAUGCACGGUGAUAGUGAUAUAUUCACGAAAGCUUUGGGUGCUUGAAUUGUACAUGCGAAGACUGUUAACGCGACGAGAAAGUACGUCGAAUUUCUGUCAUAUCGUGUUAACGUCUUCAGGAUAUUUCGUCCCCCUUUUCGUGGUCGUGACUAAUUCGGCUGACGUUUCUACUCGCCUAGGAAUAUCGAGUACACACAAUUGUAAAUAAAAAUAGGAUAUACACAUAGGCAUAUGAAGAUACAUAUAUCAAUAUAUGUCGAGCGAAUAUUUCUUAUGGAUCGUUGAUGAUACUUCUUGAGAAUAUGAGUUCCGAGCUGAACCGAUAACGCGGCUUAACGCGAUAUCCUUAGAUCGUGUGAAAGCGACCUGUAACGCGACUCGUAUGGAAGUAACGAUAUUUCAAGAGCAGCCGAAAGAUAUUCGAACAGCAUGCCCGUUUCAAUUGCUGUUAUCGGGGGAGCGUAUAAGUUAAUAUCGUGCCACACAUUCCUAUUAGUGUUGGUUUAUCGAACACGGAGCAAAGUUCUAUUUUUGCACAUAAUAAGGAGUGGUUGGAGAUACGUCUUAAGUUGAUGGAUCGAUGUGCGUGUAAAGUAUAUAAUUGCAUAAUAAAGGUUACUAAGGAUUUAA